GACAAGAAGUUGCUUUUGGACAUUUUUCAAAAUGAGAAUUGGGCGGGCUAAAGGAUGAGCAUUCUUUCGAAUUGUUUGACAAACAAGUUUUAGGCACAACAUCUAUAUACAACCAAUGUAUAUAGAAGAGAUUAUUAUUGAAGGUUUCAAGUCCUAUGCAACUCGAACUCAUAUAGGACCGUUCGACCUACAUUUCAAUGCUAUUACUGGUUUCAAUGGUUCCGGAAAGAGCAAUAUAUUGGAUGCUAUCUGUUUUGUUAUGGGAAUAACUAGUUUAUCUCAUUUGAGAGCUUCGAGUCUCCAAGAGUUGAUUUACAAACAAGGCCAGUCAGGUGUACAUAAAGCCAGUGUUACUAUUAUCUUCAACAAUACAAAUAAACAACAAACACCGCCAGGUUAUGAAAACUGCGAGAAAAUUACUGUGACGAGACAAAUCCUAACUGGUGGACGUUCCAAAUAUUUAGUGAACGGUCACGUUUCUCAACCUACUGCCGUCCAGAACCUGUUUCAAUCUGUCCAACUAAAUGUGAACAACCCUCAUUUUCUUAUCAUGCAAGGUCGGAUUACUAAAGUUAUCAAUAUGAAGCCGCAAGAAGUUGUUGCAAUGAUUGAGGAAGCUGCAGGUACUCGAAUGUAUGAAAUGAAAAGAGAGGCGGCAUUGAAAACCAUUUCCAAGAAAGAUAAGAAACUAGAAGAAAUUGAUGAGCUUUUUCAGAAUCAAAUUACUCCAACACUGGAAAAGUUAAGAAAGGAAAGAGCAAACUAUAUGCAAUGGGUUACCAAUCAAGAGGAAUUGGAGAAACUACGAAAGUGGAGUGUUUUAGCUGAAUUUCAUUCUCAUAAACAUUCUCUUGAAAGACUUGUAGAAAACAUCAAAGAUAAAGAGAAUAAGCAUAAAAAAUGCUUACAAGAGAUUGAAGAGAAAAAUCAAAGAAUGUAUUCGAUAGAACAACAGUUGAACAAGGCAAAUGAAUCGAGUAAUCCUAGAACUUUUAAAGAGAUUCGAGAUGCGGAAGAGAAAAUGGACCAACUAUCCAAACAACUCGUAAAAACGACAACUUUUUAUGAGAACUACAAAGAUUCAUAUAACAGAGAGAAGAAUGAACAUGAGAGGAAUGUAAAGUCCUUGAAUGGUUCUCGAGAGAGAAGGAAGCAGUUGGUUGAAUAUUUAGACAAUUUGCAACAAAUUUUGGAACAAAAAAGGAAAGAACUUGAUCGAUCUACUCAGCGUUUAGAGAAAGUAUUUCAGUUUGGGGAUGCACAAGGUCUCGAUACUAAAAAACAGCUCCUUCAAGAUGAAAUUUCGGAUGCUGAGAACGAUCGUAAACAAUUGGAGUACAAGAUAAAGCGAGUAAAAGGUCAAUUGGAAAAUUUAGAAAAAGGAAAAACUUCUUUUAUGGAUGCUUGUAGUAAGGAAACGGAUUCCUUGAAAGAGUUGGAGCAACAAAAGGCAAAAUUGGUCAAUGAAUUGAAUGAGUUGAAAGUUUCUAUUCAUGAUUUAGAUUUCGAUAAAGAAGGAAAUGAACGGUUAUUAAAAGAAAGAGAUGAACAUAAGGCAGCCAUUCAACAGAUGACUGAGAAACUCGAUGCCCUUAAGGGACGAUUAAAUAUGAUGGAUUUUCAGUAUGAUAAGAAGAGUAGUGGUCUUGACGAUACGAACGUCCAUGGAAUGAUUGCUCAACUAUUUCAAGUUCCUCAUUUGGAAAAGUACGCCACUUCUGUGGAAACUGCUGCUGGACCCAAACUUUAUCAGGUCGUUGUAGAUACAGAACAAACUGCAAAACGACUUUUGGAACGAGGCCAUCUUCCUCGAAAAGUUACUAUUAUUCCAUUGAAUAGAAUCCAUUCGAAAGUAAUCACGCAAGACAAGUUGCAAAAAAUAGAGAAUAUUUGUCCUGAUGCUCGAUUGGCCUUGUCUCUAAUAGAAUUUGAAGCAUAUUAUGAACCAGCCAUGAAAUUUGUAUUUGGAAACAUUAUCAUAUGUCCGGAUACAGAAACUGCGAACCAAAUUAGUUUCCAUCCUGAUAUAAAAGUCCGAACGGUAACUUUGCAAGGAGAUAUUUAUGAUCCUGCUGGAACUUUAACUGGCGGUAGUACUUCAAAUGCUAUAGAUAAGACUAGCAUCUUGGAGUCUUUGAUGGAAAUGACACAGUUGAGAAAACAAAUUGCAAGUCAUGAAAGACAUGUUGAAAAAUUGGAUUCCGUCAUUCGAGAAAACCAAGAUAAGGAAUCCUUAUAUAGAGAACUGGUCAGAAAACAAAACAUAAUGCAGCAUGAAAUCCAGCUACUGGAAUCAAGACUUGAAACUUUUGAAACCACAAAGGUAUCUCAAAAGUUGCUUCAGACUGAUAACCAAAUCCAACAGUUGUUACAUGAACAUGACCAUUUACAGGAAUUGCUGAAAGUUUGUCAAGAGAAAAUCAAGAAAUUAGAAGAACAGUUACGAAGCUCUGAUCAAGAUGAAGUCGAAAGUCCAAUUGAAAGACUAAAGAGCGAACAACAACAACUUAAAAAGGAAACGGAGGAUAUUAGUAUAGCUCUUCAAACAACACAAUUAGAAUUGACCCAUUUGAAAGACGAAUGCGAGAGACUUGAAAAUGUCAUCAGUUCAAGCAAUCAUACCAUGUCACAAAUGGAGAUAGAAAUGUCCAAUUUACAGGAUAAGCAGUGUUCCAUUCAACAAAGUAUCGAUGAACUCAAUGCCCAUCUCAACAAGUUACGUCAACAAGCCAAAGACCAGAAUAAGGAGGUUGUUGCACUGGAAACGGAGAAAAACGAACUCUUUUCGAAAUUGGAAACUUUACAAGUAGAAAUGGAAAAGGAGACAAGAGAACUAGACGCAUUACGUCAACAUCAGGAAUCCAUUCAAAAGAGGAUGAAAGAAUUAGAAAAGAAAUUUCCACGAAUUGAAGAGGAAUGUUAUUCUUAUCGUGAUCAACUCCGAGACAUAUCACAGUACAAUGUGCAAGAUCAAUUAUCGAGUCUUGAGAAAGAACAGAGUCGUCUAGAUAGAGUCGUCAACAGAAAAGUGUCCAGCAUGUUUGAACAAGCCGAACAAGAAUAUCAAGACCUUUUGAGGAAGAAGAGAAUAGUAGAAAAUGAUCGACGACAGAUACAAGCAGUUAUUAAGGAACUUGAUGAGAAGAAAAUUCUGGCUGUAGAGAAAACUUGGAACAAAGUCAAUCAAGACCUAGCUUCUAUUUUUUCAUCUUUAUUACCUGGUUCCUCAGCUUAUUUGAAACCGUUGGAAGAAAAGAGUAUAUUGGAAGGUCUUGAAAUACAAGUUGCUUUGAAUAAUAGUUGGAAAAAGAAUCUUUCCGAACUGAGUGGUGGACAACGCAGUUUGGUUGCUCUUUCUCUUAUUUUGGCAUUGUUACGUUACAAACCUGCUCCUUUGUAUAUUUUGGAUGAAGUAGAUGCAGCGUUGGAUCUCAGCCAUACCCAAAAUAUAGGAACUAUGUUAAGAAAGCACUUUGGCCACUCACAGUUUAUAGUUGUUAGUUUGAAAGAAGGAAUGUUCCAAAAUGCCAACAUUCUAUUUCGAACUAAACUAGUCGAUGGUACUUCCACAGUGGAAAGGACUAUUGGAGACAAGGAAAAUAUGUCUUGAGACGUAUUUUUACUUGAUUGUUAUAAAAACGAGAGUUUCCAAUAACUUUGUUAUCAUAAAUAAAAUGGUUUGGUAGACUUCUUUGAUG